GCGUGGGAGGGGUACUUCCGGUCUAAUGGCGUCAAGAGCCAAGCACUGUUGUCACAUUUUGCCCUACAGUGUUUCAAUAUUUCGCUUUGUUUAUGUCGCCCGCGGUCCGCGGCACGAGGACGAGGAGCCCGGCCGGGCGCGCGAAUUACGCUAAACGGAGGUUUGGCAUCUGUAGAUAGGUGAAAGCUUGUGAGAAGAACAAUUUAUACUAGUCGUUGCAUCCAGAAUACUCAGUUAUGGAAGUUACAACGGAGGAGGCGCAAGCCGUGCUGCUGGAGGGAAUGGAGGGUACUCAGUACAUCACCAUCCAGAGGGCCGACGGGGAGUCCUUGAGCAAGGGGGUGCCGUUGCUGACGCUGAACGGCGAACUAAUCUCGGAGGGCAUGGUCGUGGACAUGAUCAACGCCGGCGUCGGCACGGACUACGGCACCGGCACGCAGUAUUACGAGGCGGACGACUUGCUGCCGCACGAAUUGACAGAGAAUGUGAAUUGUGUGAUGCAGGAGGACCGUAGACUCGCCGCGGCCCUGGUCGCGGUACAGCUGCAUCAGCAGCAGAAGCAGCAGCAACAGCAGCAGCAGCUCCACAUCCAGUCGCAGCACGAGGACCCGACUCUACCGGACGUUUCGCACCUCGAGACCCUGACGCCAGUGAAUUCGUACGCCAUUCAAGCGGUGCCGGAACCGAACGCCGCUCCGUCCGUGUACCCACCUCUGCAACCCUUCAAGAGGAUCACGCAGAACGUAAAGCAGGAGUUUAUCAACGUUAAAAGCGAAUACGACGUUGAGGUUUCCACGGAAAGCAGUGAGGACGCCACGUCGGCGUCCGGACCCAAGAGAACUCUGCCGCACAAGAAGAGGAUACCUCGUAAACUGAAGCAACAGCAGACGAAGAAAAACGCGGCGCGGAAGGACAGUAGCAAAUCGAGUCAAGAUAAUGCGACGAUUAAGUUGACUAGCGAGGUUCAGGCUAACGUCUUCAAGUGCGAAUUGUGUAGUUCGAAGUUUAGCAGUCAGUUGAAGUUCUUCGAGCAUUUAAAGGUGCAUUACGAACCGGUAAAACAGGAGACGCGAAUAGCUCAAGCGACUAAUACUAAUAUCUCGAUAUCAGUGCCGGAAACAGUACACACUCUAGACAAUACUGUGAUCGAGGAAUUCAGUGAACCCGAAGAUCUUAUGGAGGGUAUUCGAGGCGUAGUGGAAGAAACUGGCGCGCAUAUCGACGACGAUACGAACUCUCCGUUACCCAGUGCGAACAACGAAUCGACUAUAUGGACCAUCACCGGUGUCACGGAAGAGGUACAACAGAGGGACCAACAAAUAAGACCACCGGCCGUUAGCGAGAAUAAAAGUUCCGACGAGAAGGCAAAGACUGACAUUCCACAAACGGCCAAAAAAAAGAAAUCACCGAAAACGCGAAAAUCAAGUGACGAAUUAACGUGUACUCAGUGCAAUCGUUCAUUCCACCAUAAAAAUAGCUUAGUUUAUCACAUGCGAUCUCACAGCGGGGAACGGCCGCAUCAAUGCGAUAUCUGUAGUAAACGUUUCUUUGCCGCUAGCGCGUUGAAGGUACACAAAAGACUUCAUAGCGGCGACAAACCGUACAAAUGCGAGGAAUGCGGGCGACACUUUCGACAAUGGGGCGACUUAAAGUAUCAUUCGACGAGUAUCCAUUCGGAGCAGAAGCAUUAUCAGUGUGAAUUUUGCUCCAAGCAGUUCGCUCGGAAAUAUUCAUUGAUCGUACACAGGCGUAUCCACACCGGUGAGAAGAAUUACCGCUGCGACUACUGCAACAAAACGUUCCGCGCGAGCAGCUACUUGCAGAACCAUCGACGCAUACACACCGGCGAGAAGCCGCAUCCGUGCGAGGUGUGCGGCAAGCCGUUCAGAGUACGAAGUGACAUGAAGAGACAUAUGCAGACGCACUCCCGAACGAAAACGAAUGACAAGCAGUCGCUGAACAGAAUCCUGACGGGGAAGAACACGGAGGAGUUGGUGGGCGAUAAAGGAGCGCAGGCAAAAACGAUCCAGGAUCUCGUGAGAGAUCUGAAACUGGAGGUCGAAGCGACGGGUGUUGUAGAAAUCGUCCCGCCGGAUGACAAUCCGGAAAGCAUUUUGCCACAUACAGGACAAAACUUGGAAUACACCGUGACAUCCACAGCGGAUACUGUAACUGAAGACAGAGAUCCUCUGGAAGCGGUUGUGCGACCGACUGAUAAUAUGCCAUAUUUUUUCAUGUAAUUUUGGAAGUUUUAAGAGAAGAAAACAUAUUUUACUGAACGACAAGAUUGAUCAUUUAUGGAAUAUCGGCAUUCAAAAUCGGUUUGUAAU